GGCUGGCGGCGCGCCGGCGGUGCGGAAGGCCCCGUGGGCGGGAAGCGGCGGCACCAUGUCGGUGAGCGAGAUGUUCGCGGCGCUGCAGGGAGCGCUCGGCCAGGACCAGGACAUCCGAGAGGAGAUCCGCAAGGUGGUGCAGGCGCUGGAGCAGACGGCGCGGGAGAUCCUGACGCUGCUGCAGGGCGUGCACCAGGGACCCGGCUUCCAGCACAUCCCAAAGAAGUGUCAGAAGGCUCGUGAGCACUUUGGUACAGUGAGGACACAGAUGGAGUCUCUGAAAACCAAAUUUCCUGCUGAUCAGUAUUACAGGUUUCAUGAGCACUGGAGGUUUGUGCUGCAGCGGCUGGUGUUCCUGGCAGCCUUCGUAGUCUACUUGGAGUCAGAAACGUUAGUGACCCGAGAGGCUGUUGCAGAAAUACUUGGGAUUGAAGCUGAUCGAGAACGGGGCUUUCACCUGGACAUUGAAGACUAUCUUUCUGGUGUAUUAACUCUGGCCAGUGAGCUGGCCAGGCUGGCAGUGAACAGUGUCACAGCUGGGGACUAUUCUCGCCCUCUCCGCAUCUCAGCCUUUAUCAAUGAGCUGGAUUCUGGCUUCCGCCUCCUCAACCUGAAGAAUGACUCCCUGAGGAAACGCUACGAUGGCCUGAAAUACGAUGUCAAGAAAAUUGAGGAAGUGGUUUAUGACUUGUCAAUCAGAGGACUCAAUAAGGAGGCAACAGUUGGUGCAGGCGGGGAAAAGUGAAGGGUGCUCAUUUGAACAGCAUCAUCGAUUACCUCAGAUGUUGCCAAUUUAGGAAGUACCUAGAGAAGCCUUCCUACAGUAGUUUAGAAGAACUGCAGCUCAAAGCUGCUCUCUAUUUUCUUACAAAAGGUGUAGUACAGGUGUUAGAUGUUUUGUAARAUCAUGUCUAGAUUAGGACAGGAGAUUCUGUUUCCAGUGGAGUUCCUCUGUCAAACACACAGUGCCAUUCUCUGCACAGCAGCAAGUCAUCAGUAACUCCCAUGAGCUGAGGUUCCCAUUUGUUCUGUAGUGUUGCUUCCCUGCUCCAGCAGGGAAGAGCUGUGGCUGUCUCUGCUCACACACUCUUAGAGAUGUGUGCACAGAACACAGCUCAGUGCAGACAAAUGGGAUCUUCUAAAGAAAUGCUUUGUAUAAAUUCUGACUUUUUUUUAAGGCUGAUUUUUUUUCCUUUUUGUUUCUUAAAUUUUCACCGACGUGAGUUGAACAGAUUUGCAAACUAUUUAUGAAUCAGAUCUCUUUUUUAAUGGUUUCUGUUAAUAUAUCCCCUAUAACUGAGAAAAUAGUGAAAAUACUCCUGAGAAUUCUUCCAUUGGAACUGUUGUCUUGCACCUUGGCAUAUCUCUCUCUCUCUUAUUUUCUUUUUUUUUCCACCAAGAUUUCGGUUACCAGGGAGAGCAAGAUUUUUUUAGACAUCUGCUUUCUCUGUCUUAUAUUUGUUUUACUGGCACAAUGCAGAGUUUUAAAUUAUGAUUUGCCUUGAGAACUCAGUGUAACCGAUUUCUGUUUUUUUAACUUCCAAGUUUUCUGAAUAGAGAAGUAUAAACUGAUAAACUGCAGGGAGUGUAACAACCUGUACAGGCUACAACUGUACCUGUAWCCUGGGAUGAAAAAAAACAAGCACAAAUCUAUAAUUUGUGUAAUAAAAUGUUUGUAUCUCACAAACGGGGAAAUUCCUACUUUCAGGUAAUUGUAUGCAAGAUGUUUGCAAACACCAACAGCCUCUUUCAURUGUGUAAGUGGACAGACUCAUGCCUCCCCAUGUGCUUGUUUCUUGUCCUAAAUGACUUUUGAGUUUUGCCAUUCUUCUGCUUCUGGUGGUGCAGGAGGGUUAAGGAGAACAGCUAACUUCUUUAGGAGGAGGAAUACUUCAGAGGAUGRAUGGGAACAGUCAAGUUUAUGUGGGGUUGGUUAGUGUUUCAGUUUCUUAGUGAAGGCUUACCACUGUUUGAGUUAGGGGAUUGUUCUGUUUAUUGGAAGAAAAUGGUUUCUUGGUUAUUUUGGACAAUAAAAGCUGUUCUUUGAUUUUGGCCA